AAAAAAAAAAAACAGGAAAGACUCUUGUAUUUAUUACCUAUCGAAGGUACCUCACUCUAGAAGUUUAAACUUUCCCCUGUUCUUCUCUUGUCCUCUUCCACUACUCCCCCCAUCAACUAUAUCCCCCUCUAUUCAGACUUGCCCUGGACCACUGAUCGACACGGGCCGUUUAAUUUUUUUGCUGUCUCUGUCUUUGACAUCCGAGACUUUUUUUGGUGACGCUUCGGGUCGUCGCUCAACCAGUCUAAUUAACUGGAACCUCGGUCUACUGAUUUAUCGACUGACUAGAGCGUGACUCUAUCUAUCGUCGUAUCGGUUUCUGAUUGAACAGGUUUUCCUUGUUGUUAUACUUAAAAAGUCAAACUCCGCGCCAACUCCGAUAUCGUGGAGAACAAGAACCUUUACGCCUAGCGUCCACCAACCCCCGGUUUCGCUUUAUCAAAGAGUUUGUUCUCUUGAUACUCUCCUCCUCAGAAAAACUCAUUCUCGGUAUAUACGAUACGACUGGCGCAGUCUGUUCAGUCAGAGCAGCCUAGUUUCUAGGUUUAGAGGCUCACAUCUCAUCACUUUACCCGAUUCUCAUUACCCGGUUUCGUCAUUUUGAACAAAAUCUUUCCGAAUACCGAUCACACCUUACGGCAACUCCAAGCAAGGUGGGCGCGCUCAGAAACCCCCCUUCAAAGCAAAACCAAGACUUUGUCUCACGAUGGGUCUUCUAGCCUUGGGAACAGCCCUCGAUUGGCCUGAUGCCAAGAAGCGCGCCCCUCAAGUCAGAGAAUGGGGUAUCAAGCAACUUCUGGAGAUAUGGAACAAGGCCAAGGGAAAGGAGCGCGAUGCUCUCCUCUGGGGCGACGAGGUCGAGUAUCUUGUGGUAGUUUACUCAGAGGACAACCAGCGAGUGCUGUUAUCUCUUCGUCAAGCAGAGAUUCUUGAGGCACUGGCUACCGACAAGGAACUGGAAAAGCAAGGUGGUUGUGUCCCAGAUCUUCAAGAUGUGGAUACAGCUGACGCGAAGAAAAAAGAGAGGACGAUCCCCGUCUUUCACCCUGAGUUUGGACGCUUCAUGCUGGAAGCGACCCCAGGUAAGCCUUGGGGUAUCGGCUUCAAGGAGCUCCUCGACGUGGAACCAGACAUGAAGUUGCGGAGAAAGAUCGCCAAAGAGCACAUGCUUUCAACUGAAUAUCCCAUCACACUCACAACAUACCCUCAAAUCGGCGUUCCCGGACAAUUCACCGAUCCCUACUUUCCGCCCUCAGGACCGCGCCUUCGCUCUCAGUUUGUCCCGGAUGAGAUCGCCAACCCCCAUAUCAGAUUCCCAACUCUAGCCGCAAACAUACGAUCUCGACGGGGCCGCAAGGUUCAGGUCAAUGUUCCUAUCUAUCACGACAAGAACACACCAAGACCCUGGAAGGAUCCUACCGUGGACUUUGACAAGCAUGACUGGCCCGAAGACGAUGACGUACGAAAUGGAGCUGCCCCUGACGACUUCAUCCAUAUGGAUGCCAUGGCUUUCGGAAUGGGUAGUUGUUGUCUCCAGAUCACUUUCCAGGCCAAGAACAUCACCGAAGGAAGAAUGCUCUAUGAUCAGCUGAGCCCGCUUGGCCCUAUCAUGCUGGCAUUGACUGCUGCUACACCUGUGUAUAAGGGGUUCCUUGCCAACACCGACGUGCGGUGGAAUCAGAUCAGCCGCUCCGUGGACUGCAGAACCCCCGAGGAGUUGGGAGAAAAGGUAAGUGCACUCUCAUGCUCUACAAGUCGAUCAGCACUUCUCACAAUGGAACAGCCCCUCACAGAAGGUGUUCGAAGGAUACCAAAGUCACGAUACGCCUCCAACUCAACAUAUAUUGCCAUAGACCUUCGGUUAAGGAACGAGUACCUCGACCCUGACCUGGUCUACGACUCUGACAUCAAGCGGCAACUUCUCGAAGGGGGCAUGGAUGAUCGAUUGGCCACUCACUUCGCUCACCUUUUCAUCCGAGACCCCAUUGUUGUCUUUGAAGAGGAUCUCCAGGAGUUGGACCUCAGCAAGACUGACCACUUUGAGAACAUUCAGUCAACUAACUGGCAGCACAUGCGUUUCAAGCCCCCGCCUGCUGACAAUAGCAUCGGCUGGCGAGUCGAGUUCCGCUCCAUGGAGAUUCAGAUCACGGAUUUCGAGAACGCGGCUUUCUCUGUCUUUAUGGUCUUGGUCACACGUGCAAUCCUGUCAUUUGACCUCAACUUCUACAUCCCUAUCAAGAAGGUCGACGAAAACAUGGAGCGUGCACACGCAGUUGACGCUGUUCUGAAGGAGAAGUUCUACUUCCGGCGCAAUCCUUUCCCUAGCCGCCCCUCGAGAGCCAACACCACCUUUGGUGACGACAGUCGACCCGGCUCAGCACAUCCUAGUCGGCCAGCAUCACCUGGAGGCCCAGUGGAGCACGAAUUUGAGGAGAUGACAGUGGAUGAUAUUAUCAACGGCUCAGAGUCGGGAGAAUUCCCCGGCUUGAUCCCCAUUGUCGAGAGCUAUCUUGACAGCGUCAACGUCGAUGUAUCGACUCGAUGCCAUCUGUCUACAUAUCUCGAUCUGAUUUCACGGCGAGCUUCAGGAAAUCUUGACACAACAGCCAGAUGGAUCCGCAACUUCAUUGAUGUGCACCCCAGUUACAAGCAUGACAGCGUCGUCAACGAUGAGAUCAACCAUGAUCUUAUCGGCGCCGUGAUUGCCAUCGGCGAGCGGGAGACGGCCGGCCGUGACUUUGCGGGUCUCGGGAUCCACGGCCUAGAGCGUCUGUUGAACGGCUUCCGUGGAGGAUGCGGCGAUUCAAGCACAGCACCCAACGGAGAGACCAACGAAGCACAGGCGGAUGCCACUAACGGGUCACUGAAGCGCAAGAGCGAGUGGAUUGAAGGCCAGGAGACUGAGUCAUGAGGGGAAGCGUCAUUGAACUUUGGGUCGGCGUUCUUGGUUGCUUUUUUGAGCAUAAUGGAUGUAUCUAGAAAGAGAAGAGCAGGGAUCAACGCUGGUUUCAGGAUAUACUUGCUAUCUUGAAGGGCUAUGCUGAGACACGGCACGGCUGUUACUGAAGACCUUGAGGCAGCCAACUGACGGUGCCACACCAGAAAGAUAUAUAAACAUUGGGUGAUUUUACGGUCGUCCGGGUGAUAUACAUUCUGCGUUCCCAAGACUCGAGGCUCGCCUUACAUGCCCUAAACAAAGUACAUCUUAUACGAGACUGUUCACUUGAACCAAGAAUAGUGAAGUCUCAGUGCUGAAUAGAGUUCAGAACCAAACAUUCAACUAUACCACUCUCCACAAUGGCCCUGACGAUCACAUGACUCCGUCUUAGUCUGCAUAGCACAGUUGACAUGUCAAGUUUGCAUUACGGGAAUUAUCUCGUUGUCUCUCUCG